AUGAGUGAUAACAUAACAAACACUUAUGCGAUGGUAGAAGAACAAACAAAACUCACAAUGGAAUCUAUGUCCCUCACAAACGAAAUAUUAGAUUAUGCCAAUACUCGUAUAAAUCAGCUGGAAAGAACAAUUGAAAGAUGCGGGUAUACUAUUGAAUUAUUCAGGAGAGGCACAGAUUUAUCAGAACAGGAGCGUAAUUCACUUGAAAAAUUAAGGGUUUUGUUACAUGAUCGCGAAAUGUCAACAGAUGAUAUUAAAUUAUUAUGCGAAUUAAAGAAUUAUAGUAAUACUUUAUUCCAUAAAAAUAAUCAAACAAUAGAACAGGCAAAAGCGCAACUAAAUGAUUUGCUACCAGAACGCAUGAGGAUAUACGAAUUCCUGUUACAAAAGGCUCUUAAAGCCAUUAGUUUUUGGAGAAAAUAA